AAGGACUUGAAGCUUGCAAUGUCUGACUUUAUCGCCCUCCCCUUUGCUCCUGACGUGGGUCUACUGAAGCUCACUUGGACUUCAGCUGUUGUCUCUGCAGGCGUCCUCGCUAUCUUGUACUCUCAAUCCAAGAAGGAUGGUUUCAAUUACCUUCCUGGAUUUCCCUUCGUCGGCGCUUGGUCUUUCUUCACAAAGCGUGCUGAAUUCCUUGACGUUGCCAUUACGGCCAACCGUAGCGGAAAAACGUCCAAGUUUAAUCUUCGCAAUCACAACAUCAUCAUUGCCACCAAUGAAGAUGGCCGAAAGGUCUUCUAUGGUACGCGAGGUCUCAGCGUCAGUGAUGGUUAUGCGGCACUUUGGGGCACAGCCCCUAGUCUGAAUGAAGCGCUUGGCGAAGUCGAAUCGACGGCCAAACAAUCCAACUUUUUCAUGAAACGACUUCAACCGCUCUUGCACCGGGAUCGCUUGCACAGACUUAUUCCAGAGCUUUUUUCUGACCUUAAUGUUCACUUGGAGUCUUGGCCGCAGUCUGGCCACAUGGAUCCAUUCACCCAUGUCUGGAAUGUCAUCUUCCACUUGACGAACCGUGCCCUAGGUGCUAGAGAACUCGCCGACGACUUGUCUACUGUCAAGGAGCUUGCUACUCUUUAUUGGAGUGCGGAGCAGGACCCUAGUCCUUCUUCUGUUCUCCUACCAUGGAUUCCUUCUCGUACGAAGCAACAACGGAUGGAGGCUAUGGGCACACUUUAUACCACAUUCGCUGACACCAUAAACAAGAGGAUAUCGGAAGGAAGAUCUGAAAACGAUGCCGUCCAAUUCAUGCUCGAUCAAGACGAUACUGUGGAAGAAAUUGCUCCGUUCAUCAUGCAAGCGAUUUUCACUGGCACUAUCACUACCGGUAUAUUGGUCUGCUGGAUCCUGAUAUAUCUCCACACCUACCCUGAAUGGGAUGCCAAGAUUCGUCAAGAACUUGAAGCACUACUUAAUGAGUAUAGCCCUGACGCUACUCUCCCUAUGUACGCUCGCUUCUCACAAGUACCUGUCGAGGCAUGGGAGGGGUCAACGCCUGUUCUGGAGGCCGUGAUCACUGAGACGAAUCGCAUGGUUAUCAGUGGCUCCAACAUGCGCCGGAACAUGGGUGAAGAUAUUGAAGUCAACGGGCUAAAGGUGAAACAGGGAGAGUUUAUGUUGUACCCAAUGGGAUCACUGCAUCACGACGCGGAUCAUUAUCCUGAUCCCUUGAGGUGGGAUCCUUCACGAUGGGCGGAUCCUACGCGUCUGGAACGAGAGAGGUCGCAGUGGUCGUUUUUGGGCUGGGGAGUUGGGUUGCAUCCUUGCCUUGGCAUGAGGAUCGCCAAACUAGAUUUGAAACUUGCUGUGUCUCUUUUCAUCCAACUAUUUGAGUACUCCCGUGUGGACAAGAACGGUAAUCCAUCGAAGGACAUUCCUGUGCCGAAUCUUAAUGACCUGCAUCGUGUUGCUCCGAAGGGAGAGGGCCGGUACUUUCAAUAUAAGAGGAGACCAUCGACUGUAAAGACCGCGAUGCUGCAGUAGUUGGAUGAGCUUGGGAUUACGCUACUUUUACACAUUUAACGACCUUUCAUGUCUUGGUACUUAUUCAAGAAGCUUAUUUUUUGGAUACGUAGCCAAAUUCUACAGGACGUUUGAACGUUCGAACACUUGUAAAUAAUUACAUUCGUACUGAGCUGUUGAGUGCAUCACAAUUUUCAUCACCUUUCUCCCUG